GUGUACGAGGCUACUUGGCCAAGGCGUCAUGCCGCUCGCAAUGGCAAACCAACAGAUCGAAUAUAUAAAAGAUCCUUGCGCGGGCGUCAGUUUUCUCGACAUGCCUCUCACACCUCAUAGCCACUCAAAGCCGAUACCACAAUCACGCCACAUCUCCUGAUCUGACACCCUAUCUCUUCUCUUCUCGUUCAACUCCUGUCUCUGAGCCUGUCGGAGCCAUGUCUAUCCCCUUGGAAAUUAGAAAAAUCGAACGGUACUAUGAAGGAGACGACUUGUAUCUGAGCUGGGGCUUCGGUACAGACAAGAAGUUCCCAGUGAAGGAAAACGAUCACGCCAUCUUCCCCGCCAAGCGACAGGACUUCAUGGGAGCAUCGGAAACGGGCAAAAGUCUCCCAGCAAUCUUCAUGUACAAUAAGCAGGGCAGUACUGAAACUCGAUUCCCAAUCAGCGUCACUGGAAAAAUAGCUUUCCCCGCCGGAGCUAAAUUCAAGCUUCAGGGCACCAUGGGUCACUUCCUAGUACAGAGCGCGACCUUUGACCGACCCGCAGCCACUGAAAAUGGUGUUUUCACGGCCGAUAACUUCAAGCAUGUCAUUGGGCAGUCAAGUCGAGCCGACUCUCCCUUCAAAGUCGAGGGUGAUUGGGCGUGGGAGGUGCUUUCAGAGUCUUCCGGGGCUCCCAUCUCUGCCAAGACAACCACCCCCCUCGAGCUAUAUUUUGCCCUUGGCCUUGACGCCACCAAGUCCAAGCAAGCAGCCGCGAGAGCCUACUACACUGAGUUGGUCCGCUUCUGCUUCCCAAAGUACGACGAUAUACACGAGAAAGCGUGGGCCGAUGUCGAGAUGAAUGUCCUCAAGAACACCAUCUACGCACUCUGGGACCAUGGUGGUACUAAUUUACAAUACGACUGCCUCUAUGUGAACAAUGGUGCUUGUUCCCACUUUUUUAACAAAGAUCUCAGGCUCGAAACCAUCCUCCGCCGGACGAUACAUACGGUCAACUGCUACGACCUUGCCGCUCUUACCAUGACAACCUUCCAAUCCCUGGGCAACCGGCCGAGUACCGAUGCGACCAAACCGGCCCCGGUUCCCGUCGUCAAUAAACUGCGACUGAAGGUCAUGAACCCCUGGGGCUACAUAAAGCUUUGCAGGUUGUUUGGGCAUACCAAUGCUUGCAAUAACCCCUUCUGGAAGGGCAGGUUCGCCCCCCACCCUAACCCGUUCAGGGGCGACCGACGGGAUGCCGACCCCGUGGUCGAAAAAAUGGAUAUACACCGGACAUACUUUGGCAACCAUUGCUUCGUCGUCUUCCGGGACAGAAGAGGCGAGGAGAUGGCAUUGGACAAUUGCUGCGGUUUGCUCGGAGAGUUGUCCAAAAUCCUCCUAGCAGUCGGUACUCUCAAUGCACGAGCGUACAAGGCUACUAGCACGGAGGAUGGCGCUCGCACCGCGGAUAUCGCCCUGCGGCCAAAUAGUGACGAUAACCCCAUGGCUGAGCUGAAGACCGUCAGUGGCUGAAUUCUAACCCCCAGACAAUGGCGCCAAACGGCUUGGCCCACCUCGCGGUUUACCAAAAGGGGAGGACGAGAGUAAGGGCCCGAGAAUGAUAGGCGUCGCAAAAGGGAAAUGCUGGUCGAUUCCCCGAGUUUGACACUCGCGAGUUGGUGUUGGAUUUCCCUCUUUCCCCCUCCCCAUG